AUGGAGCCUUUUUUUUGUUUGCAUGUUUGUGGGGGAGAGAUAAGCUGCAGACGGAAGUACAAGGAGGUGUGCAGACACCUCAGCGAGGCCCUAACAAAACAAAAAGAAAAACUUCUUUUGUCUCUUUCCGAAGCCAACCGCACACGCUACUGGCUCCACCACCACGCCAAGGUGCAGCACUUCGUCAGCCACUACUUUAGACACAACCCCCACCACCACCAACACCAAAAUCAGCAGCAGCAGCAGCAGCAACAGCAACAGCAGGAGCAACAGCUGCUGCACCAGCUGCAGCAGCUGCAGCAGCAGCACGAGGAUACAGAGGGGCCCCCCCCACAGCAGCGCGAAGGGGAGCCCCAAAUCGCAGAGGCCGUAGAGGGGCCCUCACUAUAA